UAGGAAUGAACGCAGCUUCGCCUCUCUCUCUUUUCUCGUCCAUGGUUACAAACACCACUCUCUUCCACACACACAGCGGGUUAGCCUCGGUUAGCUUAGCUUCUCCAAACCGGUUGUGUGAUUUGUUUCUCCGAUGUGUUGCCGGGAUCCUCGUUGAAGUAACGGAUUGAUCUGCCUCCCCUCCUCGGCCAUGGAGUGCCGUGUCCUGUCCAUACAGAGCCAUGUAGUCCGGGGGUAUGUGGGCAACAAGAGCGCCUCUUUCCCAUUGCAGGUUUUAGGGUUUGAGGUGGACUCCAUCAACUCUGUGCAGUUCUCCAACCAUACAGGUUACUCUCACUGGAGGGGUCAGGUUCUGACGGCCGAUGAGCUCCACGUUCUGUACGAAGGAAUCAAACUGAACAACGUGCACAAGUACGACUACGUGUUAACAGGGUACACCAGAGACACGUCCUUCCUGGAGAUGGUGGUGGAUAUCGUCCAGGAGCUGAAGAGAGCCAACCCCAACCUGGUGUACGUGUGUGACCCUGUCCUCGGGGACCAUGGAUCUAUGUACGUCCCUCAGAACCUGUACCCGGUCUACAAGAACAAAGUGGUUCCUGUGGCGGACAUCAUCACCCCCAACCAGUUUGAGGCUGAAUUGUUGACGGGGAAAACCAUCACCACGGAGAAAGACGCUGUGGAGGUGAUGGACCUGCUUCACGCCAUGGGUCCCGACACGGUGGUCAUCACGUCCUCCGACCUCCCCUCCAGACUAGGGGAUCGCUUCCUGGUGUCUCUGGGCAGCCAGCGCCACG